CAUGGACAAAAAGCAUAUCAGGGGCUCAAGAUAGCUAAUGGUGAGGAUGCUAGAGGUAAUGAUGACAAGGACCUGGUUGAUGGUCAUGAUCAAGGACAGAUUAGUGGGGAAGAAAGGAAAGAAAGUCAUAUUAGAAAUGGUGGAUCAUUUUUUGAUUUUAUUAAAACAGAGCUAACGCGAGGUUAUGAACUAGAAAAUGAUGAAGAAAGAUUUUCUGCAAGAAGAGAAAAAAUAUAUUCUUUUAUUAAAAUUCCUAGAGAAGUUGAAAAAUUUAUGACUUACGGAUUCCUUCAGUGCGCAGAUUCAUUUUUAUUUGUCUAUACAUUUCUACCUCUCCGCUUCUUAAUGGCAGUCUGGGCGAUAAUUUCAAAAUCCCUCGGUUACUGUUUUGGAGUUAAAUCUACGCGAAAAUCCGAGCGAUUUUUGCGACCAGCGGAAAUCUGCGACCUCCUGAAGGGAAUCGUAGUGAUAAGCUGCUGCGUUGCGACGACCCACUUCGACACUUCAAUAAUCUACCACAGGGUGAAGAGUCAGAGUGUGAUAAAGCUGUACAUCUUCUACAAUAUGCUGGAGGUCGGAGACCGGCUCUUUAGCGCAAUCGGUCAGGACACGAUAGAUGCGCUGCUAUGGACUGCGACCGAGCCGCAGUCGAGGUCCCGCCGGCAUCAACAUCUCGGGACUAUUUCACAUUUAUUAUUCACUGUUGGUUAUGUCAUAUUACAUAGUAUACUAGUCCUAGUCCAAGCGGCGACAUUAAACGUCGCUAUUAAUAGCAGUAAUAAGGCGUUGUUAACAAUUGUUUUAGCUAACAAUUUUGUUGAAUUAAAAGGAGCAGUUUUCAAAAAAUUCGACAAGAACAAUUUGUUCCAAGUAGCUUGUUCCGACGUAAGAGAGCGCUUUCACCUCCUGACGCUCCUAGUGGUUGUGAGUCUGCAAACAAUGCGGGAAUACGCUUGGAAAAUUGACCGGCUUUAUAUAUUAUUACCAGAUUGUUUUGCGCUACUCGCUGCGGAAGUAGUUGUUGAUUGGAUAAAACACGCCUUUAUAACGCGGUUCAACGAGCUGCACUCCACAGUCUACAGAGACUACACCUUAAGCUUGGCCUACGACAUGGCUCAAACGCGGCAAAAAACGGCAUUUUCAGACCCCUCGGACUUAGUAGCGCGUCGGAUGGGUUUCAUUCCGCUGCCGCUAGGUGUCGCGAUGAGCAAAGUCCUGUUCUCGACUCUAUCAGCGACCUCUAGGCCGUCGAACAUGAUUUUAUUCCUGCUGGGGUACUUGAUCCUGUUCGCAUUGAGGAUCCUCAACAGCUUGAUCCUCCUGGGGCGUGCCUGUGACCUGAUUGCCUCCCACUCCGCAGAAACCAGCGACAAGUUCGAGAAGACCAGGAAGAAUAACGUCUUCAACAGGACACUCAGUGUCGACCACACCAACAUAUACUUCCGAAAACACGGCGCGGAAUUCCCUCCCGCGCCUCUAAUUGUUUUAAAUGACAAAGAUCCUAAAUCCGGCGUCGCCAUAUUGUCUAACAGCGCCACCAGUUUGACCAGCGUCUGUUUCAACGACGCUCUUAACGCCGAGAAAAAGUCCUGCGAGGCUUCUUUGUCCUGCAAUGAUGUUAAUCAAGAAAUCAAACCUGUGGCUCGCGCUGAGAGCGAGCCGCUGCUGCCUUAA